UUAAAUAUAUUUUACUAUUAUGUUUCUUUUCGCUGGGAAUAACAAAGCUCCCUGUUGACACCCACUGUCUCGGGUACCCCAUGUCGUGCCUCGGCCUCGGCUUGAAUCUGACUGUCAGCUACAUACCCCACAGCCAUCCAUCCCCGGAUUAUUAAAUUGGGCUUCGAUUUCAUGUUUAUAGGUCUCAUCCAAGUUUGCCUAUUCUCGAUUGCCAUACAUCUUCACUACAUAUCAGUUCAAUUUACUGCUUUCCCAAAUUUAUUCAGACUAAUAGCUCAAUCAGCCACGCAAGAUGUCUAAAUACGACACCGAGCUCCAAGACUUCCCCAACAUCUUCUCCCUGAAAGGAAAGGUUGUCGUUGUAACAGGAGGCUCUCGUGGUCUUGGACUCCAUGCAGCAUCUGGAUUCCUCCAAGCCGGCGCAUCCAAAGUGUACAUCACCUCCCGCAAAGCCGCUGCCUGUGAAGCAGCCGUGAAAGCCCUCAACGCCCUCCCCAAUCUCGCCCCCGGCGCAAAGGCCAUUUCCGUACCUGCCGACAGUGCGAAGUUCGAAGGCGUCGAGCACUUGGUGCGCGAGGUUGCGAAGACGACGGAUCAUGUGGAUAUCUUGUUUGCGAAUGCGGGUGCUACAUGGGGAGAGGAGUUCGAUACGCAUCCGGACUCGGCAUUUGGGAAGGUGAUGGAUUUGAAUGUUAAGAGUGUGUUUAAUACUAUUCGAUUGUUUGCGCCAAUGUUGCAGAAGAACGCAUCUAUCCAAGACCCGUCAAGAGUUAUCAUCACAGCUUCCGUAGCAGGCAUUGGAAUCGGUUCUUUGGGAAAGAAUGCCACAUUUGGAUAUUCCGCUUCCAAAGCAGCAGCUAUCCAUCUCGCAAAGAAUCUGGCUGUUGAACUUGGUCCGAGACAUGUUCUGGUUAAUGCAAUUGCGCCAGGAUUCUUCCCGUCGAAGAUGGCCAGUGGAUUGAUUGGGCUGAGUGGUGGCACGGAAGCUGCAGCCGCGAGGAAUCCGAAUAAGAGAUUUGGCAAACCAGAAGAUAUUGCAGGACUGGUGGUUUUCUUGAGUAGCAGAGCCAGUUCGCAUAUUAAUGGUGCGGUAGUCACUGUUGAUGGAGGGGAAGUGUGGGCAAGAGGGGGAAUGAAUUCCGGGCUGGAAGAUAAGCCUAAGCUUUGAGCUGGAUGAAUAUUUGUAGCAUUGUUUAUUCUAUACCGAGCUAUUUACUGUAGAUCUAGGCGAGUAGAAGCAUAAGGA